AAUCUAUCCAACUAUCUAACCUAGCUGGGAUAAGAAAAGACAUAGUUGGAGUAAGACUCUACAAGAAAAGCCACAGCUGGAAUAAGACAGCUGAUAUAGCAGCUUUUGGAGCUCGUUUUCGUUGAGAUAAUAAAGCUGAAAUAUGGGCGGCGUUCUCGGAUCUCCCAUGGGGUUGGUUAUUCGUGUCGACCGUGCUGACACCGUGCUCAGCCGCGACGAAGACGUGGUUAAACCGGGACAGCAUGAGAAGGAGGUGGUGAGUCCCGUAGUAGAGAACUCGACCCCGCCGAGGACCUCGGCCAAGCCGAAAGAAAAAGAUGGGCAGGCGAAGCGCGACAUCACGAAACGUGACAUCGCAGACCCGGAUGAGGAGUUGACCGAGGCCGAGGCCGUAUUCGCAGCUCUGUUGAAUUUCAAGCAAAUGGAGCCCAGGCACCUGCGAAAAAUCCUCGAGGAGCCGCGCGCCGCGUUAAAUUAUGGUUGGUCCUCUUUCUGGUAGAUAUAGUAAUCGUUAGUUGGUGAAAUAAUUUCAAAUUACGUAGAGCUGGGAUGAAGUCAGAUGGGUGGGUGAAACAGUUGAUUAAAAGUGAUUUCUAAGGGGUGGCUUUGGGUCCUAAGUAGCAGUAGCUGAAAGAUGUGCUACUUGAUAGUUUGAAGCUUCCUCUCAUUUUUCGGACCGCGUGGAGCUGAGCCUUCGAGCGGUGUUGCAAAGUAAGGGCCUCUCGCCCAAGGCUAUGCGGGCUGCCCUGCUGGUAGUACUCCGCUCAAAGCUGGAGCUGGCGAGUGCCGCUGCCAUCGGAGACGGCUCCGGCACGUGGUUGGACAAGCUUCUCAUUGACAUUGGAUAUCUUCGUGAGUAUUUCUACCUGGUCAACGAACAAGCGAAUGUGGCGUGGUAGAAUGCUUGCUCCCCAGCAAGCGCAAACUGUUUGGGUUUCUUCUCUAGAACCUAGUCGAAUCUUGUAGGCGCAUCGUUCGACAAGGAAGUGAGAACUUUUCUCAAGAUGUCUCUGCCAGGCUAUUCGUUGCUUGGAUUUUGAUAUUGAUAUAAGUAAGUCUCUUUUCAAUUAAUUCUACCACCAGUUUGUUAGCACUGAAGAUCUAUCAGUCUCAAAAUAUGGGCUAGCGCGUGUCAAUUGGAACUGACUCUCCUCAGCUAGCUACCCAUGCCAUCCGGCUCCCCCCCAUCACACUAAAACGCUACUGAGACGGACUUGGCAGGCUGCUCGACCUCGAAAUCGAAG